AAUAGGAAAGAGCCUAGAGUGCUUGAGCUGCAGGAACUGGGUCCAGCCCUCGAGGGACCUGUGCCCUGACCCUCCCCAGUGGCCUUCUUUGUAUCAGCUGUUUCUGCUGCUGCAGUAGAUACUUUCAGGUGCAACUUCCUGCAAGGUGGGGCACCCAUCUCAGGCAGGUUUUGUGCACCCCACUGACUACCCCACAGGGCCCUCGCUGCCGGUGGCCUCAGGAUGAAAGCGGAGACUCCUGUGAACAGCACAAUGAGUACUGAGCAAGCCCGCAAGAUGGUGGAACAGCUUAAGAGUGAAGCCACCUUGUGCCGGAUAAAGGUGUUCAAGGCAGCAGCAGACUUGAUGGCUUACUGUGAUGCCCACUCCUGCGAGGAUCCCCUCAUCACCCCUGUGCCCACUUUGGAGAACCUCUUCUGGGAGAAGAAGUUCUUCUGUGCCCUCCUUUGAAUUGCUCUGUCCCUCCCCACAAGCUCUUCACCUUUUCCUCUCCUAGGCCCUUCCUUAGGUCAGUAAUUGUCGUGAGCCCCCGAGGGUCCCUGCGUCCCAUCCCUAGCCCUUGUCCAACCCUGUGAGGUAUUCUGAAGCUCUCUGCCACCUAUCUGUCGACCCCAUUUUGUCGCCCACUGCAGCUGAGCUCAAGUGACCCCUGCCUGGGGGAGGCCCCUUUAGCUCCAUCCCCAGAAGGGCCGUCAGACUCUGCCAGCAUCCUGCUGGCUUCUCUCUGUGACUGGUCAGACAAUGGAGAGAGGGAUAGCCCGGGUCAGUGCUCUCAGUCUCACCUGGAGCUAUGAGAAGGGUAAAACCAUUUAAAGAAUAAAGUCAUCCAGACUCUCAAAAAAAAAAAAAAAAAAAAAAAAAGGAAACAACCUAGAAGCCAUAAAAGACCAAUGAAUUCUACAUUAUAUGCAGAUAUUUGUAAAAUGUGCACAGAAAACCAAUCAUCAUUAAGUCAAAGAACAAAUACCAAAGUUGGAAAAAUAUUUGCAACUAAUAUCACAGACAAAAGAUCUAGUUUCCCACAUAUGUAAAGAGCUGUUGCAAGUCAAUAAGAAAAAGAUAAAAAGAU